AUGUCAUCUCCCGACGAGCUUGUUGACGACAGUCCCCCAGAGAUCGACCCCUAUGAGAUCUUGGGACUCGGACGCGAGGCUACACCAGAACAGGUCAAGUCUGCCUACCGAAAAGCAGCACUCAAGAACCACCCAGACAAGGUCUCCGACGACCAGAGAGAUGAGGCGAAGGAAAAGUUCCAAGCCAUCGCUUUCGCAUACGCCAUUCUCUCUGACCCGGCACGACGCAAGCGAUACGACACAACCGGCUCUACAUCCGAGUCCAUUAUCGACUCCGAGGGCUUCAACUGGUCCGACUAUUACCGCGAGCAAUUCCAAGAUGCGAUCUCUGCAGAAGCCAUCGAAAAGUUUGCCAAGAAGUACAAGGGCUCCGACGAGGAGAAGGACGACGUCUUGAUCGCCUACGAAAACUCCAAGGGCGACAUGGACGGGAUCUACGAAUCAGUCAUGCUAAGCGACGUGCUCGAGGACGACGAACGGUUCCGCCAGAUCAUCGACGAGGCUAUUGCCAGCGAAGAUGUCCAGGCAUACAAGCGAUACACAAAGGAGAGCAAGCUGUCAAAAGCGGCUCGCGUCAAGGCAGCAAAGGGCGAGGCGAACGAGGCCGAGGAGUACGCCAAAGAGCUUGGAGUUCACGAUAAGCUCUUUGGCGACAAAAAGGGCAAGGGCAAGAAGAAGGGCAAGGAUAAUGGAGAGGCCGACCUGGCCGCGCUCAUUAAGGGCAACCAGCAAAAACGUGCAGGUUUUCUGGACGAUCUCGCUGCCAAGUAUGGAGCCACCAGCCAGCCUAAAAAGGGCAAGAAGAGGGUCGUGGAGGAGGAAGAGCCGUCAGAAGAGGCAUUCCAGGCUGCAGCUGCACGGCUGAAGAAGCCCAAGGCAGAUUAA